AUGGGGGCCAAGCUGGGUGGCGACGCCAAGCUGCAAGAGCUCCUGUCCAAGUCCGUCUUCCUCAUUAGCAUCGGCAGCCAGGACCUCAAUCCAAGAUGGAACCCGCAACCUGAUGAUCAGCCACAGGGAUCCGUGAUCCGGGAGCUCGCCGAGUUAUAUGUGGACGCUGUGAGAUCCCUCUAUGACAUGGGUGCUAGGAAGCUGGCCAUUGUAAACACUGGCCACAUCGGUUGCAUGCCCAAGCGCCGCAACUACGUCUGCGACCAGAGCCUGAACGAAAUUACCGCCGAGUUCAGCCAAGCCCUCCCGAGCUUCAUUCCGAGCGUCUCAUCCGAGAAGGCUGGGUUUUCCGACUCCAUCGGUGACUUUUAUGGAUUCGAAACCGACAUCUUCGCCGAUCCGACAGCUUUUGAUCUCUCCCUCUGCAAGAUUACCUCUUCGCCAUGGCCCGACCUCCCGCCGGACCUUUUGGGCCUCAUCCUCUGCCAGCUGCUGUGCCACACCGACCGCGUCAGCUUCGCCGCGGUCUGUCAUGGUUGGCGCCUCGCCGCACGGCAGCUGGGUACGUCGUUACCGACGGCUAAGCCGUGCAUGACCUUCGGCCGCGGCGCGUACCAGAGCCUCGCCGAUGACGGUGUUAAGGUGCGCCAUAUCGCGGCGCCCACGGGCUACUGUGCCGGCGCCACCUUCGGUAGCUGGGUCCUGUACGAGCACAAGCUCUCCCGCCGAUGCUUCCUGCAUAAUCCUUUGUCUCCAUCCACGCCCGCUAUCGAGGUCCCACGCCGCUCCCGCUAG